AUCUGGAGAGAAACAUAAUAUAUUUAGAAAUAUAUAUUUUAGAGAGAGAACAAAUGACAGAAACAUAUAUAAACAACAUCAGAUUACAAAGACUAGUUCCAACAGAUUCUGUUAAUCUCUUUUGAGUCUUCUCAGUCUUGAAUUCUAUUCUCCUCUUUCAAGAAUGAAUACAAGCGUGAAGAUAGACUCACAAAUGAUGAUGUUAACAUACAUCAAAUGCUCCACGUGGCAUCAUCUCAGUGGAAUUGUCCUUUGGCUCGCUUCCCACAAAGCCAAGAACCAACCCCACCACCCCAAAGAACUCACCCACCCCACCCCACCUUAGCAUGUUGUCAGUGUUGAUGUUGGGUGUGUUUUGUGUAACCCCCAAAGUCCUAUAAACCUGGUAUAUGUGAUCAAUUUGAUGCCUGAAGGUCAUUUUUUUCUGGCUUGAGAUGUACUAUCCUGCAUGCAAUGAUGAAAGAAAACGAUUCACUGUCCGGUAAAAUGCUUAACAGAGACUGGGCCUUAAAACGCAAGCGUCGCAGACUUGCAUCCGGUCCUGAUGUGCCAAAUGGCAAAGAAAAGGCUUCAAAAACCUUGGAUUUACCCUCGAGUAACUCACCCAAGCGUCGAGUGAAAAACGAAAUCACUUCAAGUGGUUCUUCUAGCAAGAAGAAAGGAAAUGAUGGGUACUAUUAUGAAUGUGUUGUUUGUGAUCUUGGUGGAAAUUUGCUUUGCUGCGAAAGCUGUCCGCGAACCUACCAUCUUCAGUGUCUGGAUCCUCCUCUUAAGCGUAUACCAUCUGGAAAGUGGGAAUGUCCUAGUUGUUAUCAGAAGAAUGAUACGCUUGAAUCUGUCAAUCCUCUAGAUACUGUCUCGAAACGACCAAGAAUAAAAUUUACAAGUGGAAAAGCAAAAGAUGAACAUAAGUCAUCUGGAAUCUCCAAGGUAUCCCUGAUUUUUGAAAGCUCCAUUCCUGGUAAGAAAAGAUCCUCGGGUAAAGAAAAAACUCCUUUAUCACAUCGCAGUCAAAUGGAGAAGCUGGGUUCUUCCUCCAAUGAUGUUUCUUGUGAUACUAAACCAAGUCAUCAUUCCCGGGAUGGUGAUGCGGAUGGCAAUUCAUUGUAUGGAAGUGUUGAUAAAGAAAAGGAGGUGCCUCCUUCAGAUACUCCAGUUGAGAAGGAGGUGCCUUCUGCAGAUACUCCAUUGGAGAAGUCAAGCUCUUCAAUGAAUGAUACAACAUCCUUUUUGAAUAUGAUGGAUUCAAAGACGAAUGACAAAGCCUCUGAAAAGAAGCCUGAUAUGCCUUCUAGUGGUGAACCUGUAGCUGUAUCAGAGGCCGCUUCUAGGAAAGACAGGAAAAGAAAACCUAAUUUUUACAACAUUGACAGUCGGAACAAAUCUAAGUCUGACAAGGGCAGGCGAGCUUCUGGUAAUUCUAAAAAGUCUGGUUCAAAGUCAAGCAAAUCGCAAAAAAAGCGUAAGCGUGUUGAUCAUAAGCCUUCAGUGCCUGCGUCAGAUAGGGAUGGGAGAGAUACUGUUGAAACCCAACUUAAAGAUGAGUUGGUUUCCGAAGAGGCUGGUCAGCCAUCAGAUCUGUCACGUGAAGCUGGAAAAGUUGCCAUCGAACAUUUGGUAUAUGAUAAUAAUGGUCCUGAUCUUCAACAGGUUGAUAGGGUUCUGGCAUGUCGAGUUCUAGCGGAUAAUGCAAAUGACCCAGCAUUGGGAGAAUCAGCAAGAUUAGCAGAUAAAGAGAAAGUAAAUGAUGAAAAGCCCAGCUGUGAUGUGCCUGCAGUUAAGGUUGGUAUAGAAUAUUCAGGCAGUGGCUCUGAAGAAACUUUGGACAUUCCUGAUGAAGGAAAAAGCUCAAAGUAUGAUAUCAGAAAGGCUAAAGUUCAAGUGUACAGAAGAUCAGGUAGCAAAGAAUGCAAGGAAGGAACUGGCACAGUAAAGGAAGACCCUCAAGGCUCAGUAUCUGAAGGUGCAAUCAACAAAAACGAAGAAGACACUGCUGCUGAUGAUCUGGAUAAUAGGCAUAAUAUAUCUGGAGAAAGCAUUUUUUCCACUGAAAAGAACUAUAUUGACAAUGCCAAGUCGAAGGAUAAUGUCACAUCUGGGAGUCAUGAAGUUGGAACUGCCAAGGGAGUAGAUGAAAUGAUUGCUACAGAUACCACCUCUUUCAAGAAAAGUGAGGAGACUGUCUUGGCUAAACCACCAACCUCGAAUGGUGUAAAUGUCUCCUAUGAAUAUCUUGUUAAGUGGGUUGGGAAAUCAAAUAUUCAUAACUCUUGGAUCCCAGAGUCUAAGUUGAAAGUUCUGGCUAAAAGAAAACUGGACAACUACAAGGCGAAGUAUGGGACAGCAACAAUAAAUAUUUGUGAUGAACAGUGGAAGCUGCCUCAGCGGAUUAUUGCAACUCGGCCUGGUACGGGUGGUUCAGAUGAAGUUUUUGUGAAAUGGACAGGUCUUCCUUAUGAUGAAUGUACCUGGGAAAAAAUACAGGAACCUGUGAUUGCAAAAUCAUCUCAUUUGAUUGAUCAGUUUAAUCAGUUUGAAUCCCAAGCAUUAGCUAGAAAUGCUACCAAGGAUGAUGUGGUGAGGAAAAAGAGAGAGUGCCAUAAAAAUGAUAUAGUUACUCUGCCAGAGCAGCCUAAAGAACUGCAAGGAGGCAUAUUAUUUCCACAUCAAAUGGAAGCCUUAAAUUGGUUGCGCAAGUGCUGGCAUAAAUCCAGAAAUGUUAUUCUUGCUGACGAGAUGGGGCUUGGGAAGACAAUAUCAGCUUCUGCUUUCUUAUCAUCACUGUACACCGAGUUCAAUGCUGCACUUCCUUCUCUGGUAUUAGUUCCUCUUUCCACAAUGCCAAAUUGGAUGGCAGAGUUUCAGUUAUGGGCUCCACACCUAAAUGUUGUAGAAUACCAUGGGAGUGCUAAAGCAAGAGCUGUGAUUCGCCAAUUUGAAUGGCAUGCAAGGGAUCGAAGUGAUCUGAGUAAGAGGUCGACUUCAUACAAAUUUAAUGUUCUUUUGACUACGUAUGAAAUGGUUCUCGCCGAUUCCACUUUUCUGCGUGGGAUCCCAUGGGAAGUUCUUGUGGUUGAUGAGGGACACCGUCUGAAGAAUGCUGAUAGUAAACUCUUUAGCAUGCUCAACACAUAUUCUUUUCAGCAUCGGGUGCUAUUGACUGGUACUCCUCUUCAGAACAACAUUGGCGAGAUGUACAACUUAUUAAAUUUUCUGCAGCCAUCGUCAUUUCCUUCACUAUCGUCGUUUGAGGAGAAGUUUAAUGAUCUUACAACCGCGGAAAAGGUGGAAGAAUUGAAAAAGCUUGUCGCUCCGCACAUGCUUCGCAGGUUGAAAAAAGAUGCCAUGCAAAAUAUUCCUCCUAAAACUGAACGAAUGGUUCCUGUUGAGUUAUCUUCUAUUCAGGCUGAAUAUUACCGUGCAAUGCUUACAAAGAACUAUCAGCUUCUUCGCAACAUUGGGAAAGGAGUUGCACAGCAAUCAAUGCUGAAUAUUGUUAUGCAGUUAAGAAAAGUUUGCAACCAUCCUUAUCUCAUACCGGGAACUGAGCCUGACUCUGGUUCAGUGGAGUUUCUUCAUGAAAUGAGAAUAAAGGCUUCUGGAAAGCUGACUCUUCUGCACUCUAUGCUCAAAAGUUUGCACAAAGAAGGUCACAGAGUCCUUAUAUUUUCACAGAUGACUAAGCUUCUAGAUAUUCUGGAGGAUUACUUGGCAAUUGAGUUUGGGCAAAAAACAUAUGAGAGAGUUGAUGGCUCUGUUGCAGUGGCUGAUCGUCAAGCAGCAAUAGCACGGUUUAAUCAGGACAAAAGCCGAUUCGUCUUCUUAUUAUCAACACGCUCUUGUGGCCUGGGGAUCAAUUUGGCUACUGCAGAUACUGUUAUUAUCUAUGAUUCUGAUUUCAAUCCACAUGCUGAUAUCCAGGCGAUGAAUCGGGCUCAUCGUAUCGGACAGUCAAAGAGACUUCUAGUGUACCGGCUAGUAGUCCGUGCCAGUGUUGAAGAACGGAUACUUCAGCUUGCUAAGAGGAAGUUGAUGCUUGAUCAGCUUUUUGUGAACAAAUCAGGGUCCCAAAAGGAGGUUGAGGACAUCCUUCGAUGGGGAACAGAAGAGCUUUUUAGUGAUUCCUCUAGCAUGGCAGAGAAAGAUGCUGUUGAAAACUCCAGCGACAAAGAUGAAACAGUUCCUGAAGUAGAGCAUAAGCGCAGGAGGACUGGUAGCCUGGGUGAUGUGUAUAAAGAUAAGUGCACCAAGGGCAGCACUAAGAUUGUGUGGGACGAAAAUGCUAUUUUGAAAUUGCUUGACCGUUCAAAUAUUCAGUCAGAAUCACCUGAUAACCAUGAGGCAGAACUGGAGAAUGAUAUGCUUGGCUCAGUGAAGUCAUUGGAAUGGAACGAGGAAGGUGCAGAAGACCAAGCUGGAAUAGCAUCACAUAUGGUGGUGAGUGAAGACACUUGUGUACAAAAUGUUGAGAAGAAAGAAGAUAACUUGGUUAGUAGCACUGAAGAAAAUGAGUGGGACAAGCUUCUAAAAGUGAGAUGGGAGAAGUAUCAGAGCGAGGAGGAAGCAGCGCUUGGUCGAGGCAAGCGCCUAAGGAAAGCCAUUUCGUACAGGGAAGCAUAUGCUUCACACCCUAAUGAAACAUUAAGUGAGAAUGGUGUGGAAGAGGAGCAGGAGCCUGUGCCUGUUCCUGUGCCUGAACCAGAGCGAGAGUAUAGUCCAGCUGGACGAGCAUUAAAGGCAAAAUAUGCUAAGCUUCGUGCUAGACAAAAAGAACGGCUAGCCCGUAGAAAUGCAAUUGAAGCAUCUGGACCCGUGGAAGGACAGGCUGGACAAGAGUCUAUCUGUCAUCUGCUUCCUCCGCAAGCUCAUGAUGUGAAUCCGAUGAAUGUACCAUCGCAACUCCGUGAAGAGAAACAUGUGGCCAUGAACUUGGAUAAAAAAUGCUGUGUAAUAUUAUCAUCCGAGGCAAAGAAAAACCUGGCUGACUUAAAGUUGAGAACGUUGAAACAUAAAUUGAACGAUAACAUAGCUCUUCCAUCAAGUGGCCAUCCUCUUGCAGAUAUUCCCCAGUCAAGUAAUCACGCACAAGAGAUGAGCUAUACUGACUCCAUGGCCAAUAAACACCUUUUACCAGUUCUGGGACUAUGUGCUCCUAAUGCUCAUCAGGUGGAGGCACCACAGAGGAACUUCUCCAAGUCAAACAACCGACAACACAGGCAAGGAUUAGGACUGGAGUUCCCAACUAUUGCUCCUCCUCCUCCGGAGGUUUCAACUGAAAUGGUUGCUAAAGAUCAGGAGAGCUUCCCUCGGAGAUUUAGAUUGCCAGAUCUUCCCCUGGAUCAUUCACAACAACGUCCAAAGAAUAGUUUACCUGAUUCUUAUCUCCCAUUCAGUCCACAUCCUCGAUCAGUCAUGCAUGAAAGAGGUUCGGCUGGUAAUUUAAAGAAUUCUGGUGUUACUUUAUCUGAUAUUCAAGAAAAGGCAGCAUUGCAGAAACCUUUUGAUGAGCCAUUGUUACCAAGAUACCCAUUUCCUUCUAUGAACAUGCCCCGUCCUCCCUCUGACUUGUUUCCCAGCUUGUCUUUGGGAUCAAGAGUUGCAGAUGUGAAUGAGUCUGUUCGUGAGCACCCUGUACUGCCGUUCUUGCCCAAUCUCAAGUUUCCACCUCAUGAUGCAGCUAGGUUUAAUCCACAAGAACAAUUGGGGUUAGGGCAUAUGGUACCUUCUUCAUCUUCAUUUCCUGAAAACCAUCGGAAGGUUCUUGAAAACAUUAUGCUGAGAACUGGGUUAGGAUCAGGAUCUGGAUCAGGAAACCUACUUAAAAGAAAAAGCAAACUGGAUAUCUGGUGUGAAGAUGAACUGGAUUGUCUCUGGAUUGGUGUACGUAGACAUGGAAGGGGCAAUUGGGAUGCCAUGCUGCGAGAUCCAAGGUUAAAAUUUUCCAAGUAUAAAACUCCUGAAGAUUUAUCAAUUAGGUGGGAAGCAGAACAGCUCAAGAUCUUGGAUGGACCUGCGCCAAAACCAUCCAACCCUACCAAAGUGGGAAAAUCAGGCUUAUUCCCAGGAAUUUCUGAUGGAAUGAUGGCUCGAGCAUUGCAUGGUUGUAAACUAAAUGAACAGCUCCUUCCAACCCACCUAACAGACAUGAAAUUGGGGUUUCGUGAUCUGCCUUCCAGCUUUCCACAUUUGGAACCUCCUGAGAGACUUGGUCUGAACAACAAUCAUAUCUCACAUCUUCCAACUCGCAGUGCUGAUAAGUACCGGGUGAAUAUGAAUGCAGGACCCCCAGACAGACCAGGGGCUUCGUCAAGCUUUCUUAUGGAGUCGCCAUUUCUGCUGAAUUCGUUGGGCAGCAGUAGCUUGGGUCCUCUUGGCAGGUUUGACUUGCAAAAGGAGAAUAAUGAUGGUGCAAGUGGAUUUAUUAAAUUGCCUAACCUUCUUGACAGGUCUUUAAAUAACUCACAUGACAAUGCGGGAGGUGGUGAAUCUAGCAAUUGUCCAUCACUUCCUGAACUUAAUAAAGGUCAGAAAUUUUCUCAAUCAAAGGGCAAGGAAGUGGCUGAAUGUAGUUCACCGAAGAAUAAGCUACCACACUGGCUUCGUGAAGCAGUGAAUACUGCUCCAGCAAAACCCCCUGAACCGGAUUUACCACCCACCGUCUCUGCAAUUGCUCAGUCAGUUCGCGUGCUAUAUGGGGAGGAGAAGAAGCCCUCCAUUCCUCCAUUUGUUAUUCCUUCUCCUGCUCCAUCCCGACCCAGGGACCCACGAUUGAGCUUGAAUAAGAAGAAGAAGAAACAUGGACUGCAAGUAAUGAAGCAGUUCCAGAAAGAUUUUGCAGGAACUAGUAAUGUACAUGGUGAGAGUAUGGCUGGAACAAGUAGUCUGCAAGAUUCAGCAGUCCCUCUGCUUUCUAGUGUGAUGGCCAGAACUUCAGGUGAAUCUAACCUUAAUAUGCCGCCUUUAAGUCUAAAUGUGAAUCCUUCAACUAGUUCAGUUAGUACAUUUCCCUUAAUGAAGACAAGCACUGGAUUGUCUCCCUCACCCAAAGUGCUUCAAUUGGUUGCAUCCUGUGUUGCACCAGGUCCACCUAUUGCUACUAGUUCGAGUUUCCUUGAAGAUUCAGCCCCUCGCCCUAAGUCCGUUGAUCAGGUUGCAUGGUCAGACACCCAAGAUUCACAUGAAAAGCAGGAAACAAAUCAGACCUCAGCUCCUAGUACAUUUGGUCCAUUUCAGGCAGAGAAAGAAGUUGAAACUGAUAGUGGGGAUUCUAGCAAAACUCAGUCAGAUUCUGCUCGAGCUGGACAGGAAGAUGUAGAGGAAAUAUCAUCUGAAGAGACAGUAUCUGACCGUGAACCAUAGCUCUUUCCUAUGGGGAGUUAAUUGUUGUAACCAUCUCGCGCCGUGUAACUCCAUCAUUCGCAGUUUUUUGUAGGGCAGGAUGCAAUUAAAGUAGCAAAUACAGUACAGGUUUAGACCAAUUAUUAUGUAAAGCUUGUGUAAGAGAAAGGAGAAACAUAGAAGUUAGCAUACAAUGUUGUUCGUCGUCCUUAAAGUCAGUAAGGUUUUGACCUUGUAGGACUUGUUUAGCCUAGGGAGCUGGAUUCAGCAUUUCAUUUAGGACUUUCUAAGUGUCAAAACUCGGGUUCAUGUAAGCAAAUCAUUGCUUGUAUGUAUUUUAUGCAAAGUGGUGUUUGGGAU